UUGAUGUGAUCGUCCUCGAUGUUGGUCGUUGCUGUCGCCAUCGAGACCUUAUCGCGCGUGAUCGUCGCUUGGGCUGGCUGGGUUCGGUCCGAGUUUGUUAGGUGUCUCCUCCCCCCCUUUUUAUCUACGGAGAAUUACGCAGAGAUGAUCAUAUCCCGGGGGUACACUGGGGGUGAAUAUGGGCUUGCAGGUCGAGAUCGUCGUCGUUGUAGAACGUGGGUGAGGUUCUAGGCUACUGUAACUCUUGCUAGGGUUAUCUAUCGCCCCGCUCUCGCGCCCUUCACGUGCUUUUGCGAGCGAGAGGAGAGG